AUGCUUUCGUUUUGGUCGGGUUACCUUGAGGUGCGACAGGAGCAAACGGAGGAGAACAAGUCACAGCAGAUAAUUCGAGAACAACCAACAAGACCGGUCGAUGAAGUUCCCCUCACUGGCGAAGAGAGUGAUAGUGCUCAGGACGACCACCAUGAGGAAGACAGUGGCCAGGUGGAUUUAGAAGGCCAUCAGGCUCAGUGGAUCAAGAGUGUCUACAUAUGCGCUUGGAUAUCCGCACUUGUUCUCUUGAUCAAUAUUGCUCUAAUCAGCGCGGCAGGGGGUAUGGCAGGUGGCGCGUACGGGACGACGCAAAUGAUCUAUGAGGGCAGCUGUACUCUCACUAAGCGGUGGGACGUUGCACUGCAUUUGCUCAUCAACGUUCUAAGCACAGCUAUUUUAUCUGCCAGCAAUUUUUGCAUGCAAGCACUCGUCGCCCCCAGCCGCGAGGAGGUGGACCGAUACCACGGCCGGAGGAAGUGGCUGGACAUCGGCGUGCCCAGUCUGCGCAACCUGGGUGUCGCAGGGCGAUACCGCAUCAGUCUUUGGGCUAUUUUACUUGUCACUGCCACGCCGUUCCAUCUAUUGUAUGAUCCAUCCUGCGGUCACCAGCAGACCUCUAACAUGUGGACAGAUACAACUCGGCCAUCUUUUCCACCGUAA